GUGUUGUGUCCUGUCGCGUUCCGCGUGUUGUGUGUGUACAGCAGUUCUUACGUUAGCACAGUAUCUAAAAAUGAGUGAAAGGAUCAAGUUUCUAAUUUUAGAAUGUUCUACGUUCAUAUUUUUAUCUUGCUGUGUGUAGGUGUAAUAGAUAACAAUAAUGAGAAGAAACAAAAAACCGAUUCUUCCUGUUUAUUUUUUUGAAAAAAGUAAUACUUUGUCUCAAAAUUGGUGUUAUACUUCAGAGUUUGUAAGAAAUCUGAUUUUAUGUACAAUUUUUGUUCAAAAAUUACAGAAAUUUGUUCUAAAAAUGUAAGAAUUUUAAACCUCCAUCAUGAAGUCAAUAGCACAGUCACAUUUUUGAGUCAGCGGCCAUUUUAUUCCAACAUCUCUUCAUAUUUGCAGCAUCACGAGUCACUCUGGCACACUUCUUCAAUUUCCGCUUGGCUUUUGCCCAACAUUUUUCAAUUGAACGAAAUUGGGGGCAAUUGGAAAGAUUAAGGUUUUUUUCCAAUGUAAUCGACCCCAUUACCACGGUAGAACUAAAGCAGUUUUCGACUGUAGUGGCAGCUUGCCAAAUCUGGCCAACCGGACCUUUGUGAGCCUUAAUGGACGGAAGGAGACGUUUUUGGAGGCACUCUUCCCUAUACAUUUUCGAGUUAAUUGUCUUGUCUACAAAUUCCUUGCCAAAUCAAGAACUUCCUGGUAAAUUUAUUAACGAAGUGAAAUUUGCUGGGCACAACUCUUCUGACCGUGGCCUUAUAGAAUUUCAGGCCUGGGAGCUGUCCAAAAUCCAUCUUUACGUACGUUUCGUCAUCCAUCAGCAUGCUUCCUUCGUACUUCGUCAAAACCUCAAUUGUACAACUUUCGUCUUUUGGUCAACGGAUUUAGCAUCAGCGUCCUGUUUGGUUGCUUGCAGGCACGGAAAUUACGAUUAUCUUGUUGCAUACGAAUUCUUCGAACAGUACAUAGGUUAGUUGUGUUUUUUGGCGAUAUCGUAGUCCAAGAGUCCCGGGUUUGCCCUAACUGUAUUCAAUACCUUCAACCACAGCUUUCCGAUCGAGAGUCCCACUACGACGCGUUCUCUGAUUCAUCCGCGUUCACGGAAACGUUUCCGCGCAUUAUACAUGGUCGAUUUAGCCACAUUUUCUUCUGUCUGUAUUAUAGUGACUUUCAACACUUUUGGUUGGUUCGUCACUUUUACAUCCAUUCCGGAAGAAUGUCGGGAAUGACAAUUGAACUCAUGAUCUUUAGCGUGAGAGGUACGGAUGUUACCACUACGCAAGAUCGCCACAAAUCGUUUAACCAUUUACCGUCGAAAGAUGCAGGUUUUACAAACAAUUUUCUGUCAAAAUAUUUCAAAUACGCCUACUACGACCGCUGCUAUAAAAUGAACAGCGGUUCCGGAUUCUGAAUGUUUUUAAGCUUUCUACAGCGAUUCCAAUCUAUCGAAAAAAAGGAAAUACCGUAAACCGGGGGCAAAUUGAUCACUAUUUUCAGAAAAAUGUGAAUAUUUCCGAUUGUUUGAAUUAGAUUAAUACCCAAUUAUUUUAAAAAUCAGUACUGGUGCUAAGGCCACAAAAUGUUAUGGAAAGCUUUGUUAAAAAAAUCCUUAAGCGUUAAUUUGGAAAAUUUUAGGCGGAAAAUUUAAAAAUGUAGCUUCAGGGAGAAAUUUAUCAAUCUAUGUUUUUCAGGAUUUUGUAGUGUAAUAUACACAAAUGUGUAGAAAAAAUCAAUUAUUUCUUCACCUACGGUCAUUUAAAUGAUAAUUCAAGGGUUUGAGGAUACAAAAACCUGAUUGAAUCCAUCUGAAGGUGUGGUCAUGUCUUUCCAUAACUCGAUUGAAACCAGUGUUGCUAAUGGUCACCAUCGUAUGACUGUUCAUGGAGACGUAUGUGCUGUGUCAUUAAUGAACAUCAUAAAAUGAACAGUCAAACAACCGUCGAACUAAAAAUGUCAUAUGACAUUUCGGCUUUUUUUCGUCCUAUACAUUAGAUAUCCAUCGCCCCGUAAUUAAACAACAGUGUUCACGGGGAACGCUCACCGCUGAAAACGUUCAUUCAACACAUUCGCACUUGAUAGGGGAGAGUUCGACCGAGAUGGAAAAUGAAAGGUGGGAAGAUUUUUUAAAUCUGUGACGUCACAGAUUUUGUUUAUGUAUGUUAUUUUUCUUAUAAUAGUCCACUACAUAGGAAAAGUGUUGUUAUUAAAAGUAAAAAUAAGCAAAUGAAAUGAACGUACUAGUUUUUUUUCCUAAAUCAAUGCUAGCGUUCAAAAUCAUAAGUGCCUGACAUUUUAACAGAAACUGAAAUUUCAGCAUUUUUGAAGUGUUCUAAACUUAAUUUCAAUUCAAUUCUACUUCUCGUUACGUCGACCAAAAACGUAAACGAACAAAGUCAGAGUCACACAAUCUUUUGUUCCCUUGUCCGAUAAACAUUUGACAGUGCAUGGGAAAAAAGGUUGCAAGUUUUUUUUCAUGUAAAAUGAAGUUGGAAAAUAAAUUGAAUUGACUGCGUAUGACUUAGAUUGAGACGAAAAAUUUUCCGCUUGCGUCUUAGUUUUAGACGACUGAAGUUUUCAGCACCCUAAUUGUGAAAAAAGUAAUUACAAUUGCUGACAAAAGUCAAAGUUCCAUAAAGUUGCUCUAGAAUUAAAACAUAGUAGACAUUAGAAUACUAUUUCAGAAAUCAAAGAAAAAAUUAAACAUUUUAGUUCGUGAUAUGUUUAGUUUUUUUCAAAAUGCGAAAAAUAUGAUUUGGAAAUCUGUAAUUAGCUUCUGUAUAUCCUCUUUCAACGUUAUUCGUAGACUUAUUCAAUUUUGUAACAUUUGAGUAACUGACUGGUAUGCCUGGUAUGUGAACUUCCUAUCUUCCUGGCUACUAACACAAUCAAAGUUCAAUACGACCAAAACCCGUGAAUCUUCCCACCUUCUAUUCUUCAUCUCGGAGUUCGACGGUUGCUUUGAUAUAGCAAUCCGUCUGAAUACCAUCCAUCGUGUAUGGAUGUGUGAGUGAGCAGGUGGAUGUAUAUGUGCAGCUACGCUUGAAUGCUGAAUAAAGGGAGAAAAAGAAUGCACACCACUGCAGUUUUAAUGUAAAAUGACAUUAAAACUACAGUCAUAUUAGCCGGAAUUGAGGGAUGGUCAUGAGCGCGAAUGGUAGAAUGGAAAUAGCAUAUUUUAAUCGCUCUUCUGGGUACGGUCGACAGAAAGAAAAAACAUAUAAACGUUCAAUUGAUAGUCGUGUUUGGGGCUGUGCGUUUAUUUCUGAUGUGACUGUUAGAACCGAGCAAUGCAUUCUUGGUUACAUUUGCAAUACAUAUUGAGCCGUAACUCUUGAGCAAGUGAUGAUUGAGAGAAAUGUCGACCGUUUACAACACUGAUUGAAACAUUGAUCUGAAGGUCAUCCGGAGACCAUUCGGGUCAUCCUAAUAUGGCCAAAAACCAUUGAAAUGGUCACCAAUGAACUAGUUUUGACAAACCAAGACGCUCGGUAUGUCGCAUGAUGCGAUUCGGUUCUGGUCAUUCGUGGUGCUUUUUUGUAAAAUAGUUUUUUCUUACAUGAUUGAAUAGUAACUACAAGUAUUUGAUUACUUAUUCAACUCAUGAAUUAAUAUGCUUAGCGUCUAUAAAUAUUGCUUUGAUGUGUUGAAAAUAUGUUUAUUUACCAUAAUAAAAAAUGGAAACGAAAAUGCUAUUCAGAAAAAUAUUAAUUUUCAUGCCAUUUGAUAAGUGGUUCGUUGAGAACCAUUGACAAAAAGAAGCUUCAUGGUUAUUGAACAUGUCAGAUUUGUUUUCAGUAAUACGUUUGAUCAAUUUCACCCCGGUGAUCAAUUUGCCCCCGGAUGACGUUACUCCAAUUUUGUUUAAACCUCGUAUAUUCAGUUUUUACCGAAAAAUUUCAGAUUUUUUUUCGCUCUCAAGCUAUUCUAAUUUAAGAUAGCCUAUUAGGUUACUAUUAAGCGAAAUCCAAAAAAAGGUUCUUAUGGUCCAAAACGAAGAAACGUCAGUUCUUCUUAUUUGUUAUAACUUUUUUUUAAGAGCUCAGACUUUUUCCUUGAAAAAGCCUCAAGUUUCGUAGUGUCGAUAGGGGCAGCUAACGAAUUUAUAUUUUUUCCCACUCUCUUGCCAUUUCUCUUCAGUAAGGCUUGCCACUUCAUAAUGGAAAGAUAUACGAUCCAACAACGAGUCGAGAUUAUUAAAAUUUACUACCGAAAUUCGGAGUCAAUGGCCUCAACUUUAAGAGCGCUACGUCCAAUUUAUGGUCGUCAUAAUUGUCCUGCCAGAUCAGCAAUUGAGCGUCUAGUAGAAAAAAUUUGAAUCCACAGGCACAGUACAAAAUGUUCCCGUGCCAGUGAGACAAAGAAGUGCCCGUAGUGUCGAGAAUAUUGCUGCCGCUAGCGCAUCAAUUGAGGAAGACCCAAAUCAGUCUCUCACACGUCGUUGUCAAGCGUUGGGCAUCUCUGUGACGUCGUUGUGACGAAUUUUGCGAAAAGAUCUUGGCCUACAUCCUCACAAGAUCAUAUUGACGCAAGAACUGAAACUGUUUGACCACCAGAAGCGUCGUAAGCUCGUGAAUUGGGGUGAGCAACAACUUGUAAAUGAUCCGGAUUUUCAUCGAAAAAUCAUCUUCGGCGAUGAGGCUCAUUUCUGAUUGAAUGGCUUCGUCAAUAAGCAAAAUAUGCCUGACUAAUAAGGCAGCAAUCCACACGUACUCCAUGAGUCACCAUUGCAUCCCGAAAAAAAAUACGGUUUGGUGCGGUUUAUGGUCCGGUGGCGUCAUUGGGCCGUACUUCUUCGGUGAUGAUCAAGACCGGCUCGUUACUGUGAAUGGGAAUUAUUACCGCUUAAUGAUAACCGAAUAUUUUUGGCCCGAAUUGGAUAAUAUGGACUUGGACAAUAUGUGGUUUUAAUAGGACGGUGCCACAAGCCAUAUUGCAAAUUUAACAAUCGAUUUAUUGAAAAGUUUUGUGAGCGUGUUAUCUCACGAAAUGGCUCAGUUAAUUGGUCGACUCGGUCGUGCGAUUUGACUUGACCAGGGCCCGAAAUCUUCGAAGACCGACUCUACUCUCAGUAGCUUCGCUUUGACUAGAACUGCUUUGGCAGUCGCCCACAACAUUCAAUUGACCUCAAUCGACAUUUCUACCCCCCUACGAAACCGUAUUGAUAUUUUUACGUCCAUAUAAAGAACAACGAUGAUUUCUGAUGCAAGAAAGAAGUUACCCCAUCAAUGGACGGUUUACAACAAUGAUUGGUUCGACAACUCGCAAGCAGAUCGGACAAGUUAUUAAUCGAUCCAACAAAGGUGUUUUUUUCACAUCGAAUAAUAGUGUGCUUUUUCAUCGGUUGCGCUUGCGAGUGUAGCGAAAUUUAAAGUGGUGCGCGCUGAGGAUCCAAAUCAGACACAUUCAUCACACACGCCACACAGCCGCGGCAAGUAGAAAUUUAUUUUUCUUUUGUUUCCCUAUCAUUCCUUCUUCCUUCUGUGCACGAUAUACACCAUUGUUCAACUUUGUGUUAACCAAAUCGGCAAACGUUGGCAUUAGGGGUGAUCAUUAUUUCUUAUAUACCGUUGAAUUUUUAUUGGAACUUUUUUUCAUUUUAGCAUUUUAUUUGACAUAAAAUAAAUCAUAACCUUAUAAAAAAAUAUUUUUUUUUCACUCAUUUAUUUAUUUUGAAUCAUUAUAUUCUGUUCAUAUCGAACAGUUGACCGAUUUUUUUUUAUAUGGCUGAGGGCGGGAAGGAUCCCCCAUCGACGCCAUUGAAUAUUUCCGAUACCGAUCCUCCUCCUGAAGAGCAGGAAGAUGAAGCAGAAGUUGAGGAAGAAACUUCUGUAUAUGAAGUUGGAAGUUCCGAAGAUGAGGACAUUGACGAAAAACAGGAUUUUCGUCCAAAAGAAUACCAUGAAGGCUCCAAAGGCCCAUUCAUUGUAUACUUUAGACGAAAAUCUAAACCUCUCAAUGUCAUUCGUAUCUCGAAGGAACUUACUCAGAAGUUUUCUGCAGUUAACGAGAUUACACGGAUGGGGCCAGACAAACUACGAGUUGUCGUCUCAAGCAGGACCCAAGCGAACGAAAUCACGCGCUGCGACCUCUUUGCGAUUGAGUAUCGCGUAUACGUGCCUUGUUGCAAUGUCGAAAUAGACGGCGUAAUAACCGAAAAGGGUUUGACUCGAAAAGAGAUUAUCGAUGGUGUCGGUCGCUUCAAGAACUCUUCACUAAAAACUGUGAAGAUUCUUGCAUGCGAUCGACUGAAAUCUGUGUCACAAAAUGACAAAAAUGACAAAAGGGUUCUCAAUCGGACAAACUCUUUUCGUGUUACUUUUGAGGGUUCCGCCCUUCCAAACUACGUUGCAAUAGGUGCACUUCGUUUACCUGUUCGGUUGUUUGUACCCCGGGUAAUGAAAUGCAACAAAUGUAUGCAACUCGGUCACACGGCCGCCUAUUGUUGCAAUAAAAAACGUUGCGCAGAUUGUGGAGAGAGCCAUGAUGAGAAUCCUUGCGCGAAAGAGCACAAGUGUCUUCAUUGCGGCGGGACUCCUCAUGAUCUUAUCCAAUGCCCGGUGUACAAACAACGAGGGGAGAAAAUCAAGCGUUCCUUAAAGGAACGUUCCAAGCGGACUUAUGCAGAAAUGCUUAAGAAUUCCGUACCAACGAAUCAGGACAAUCCCUACUCCAUUCUGCAGAACGACGAGCCUGUUGCUGACGCUCCCAAUGCAGGAAGUUCCGGUACAUCGCAGGGUGCCGUCAGGAAAAGAAAAAUUACUUCUUUUCCAUCACUCCCCAGAAAGACGACCGAAACUUCCCAAGUUGGAAUGAAAACUCGAAUUGAACGUGCUGAGAAUAGACCGAAGCAAGUACCUCCUGGUUUAAGCGGUUCUUCUACGCACCAGGGGUCCUCAGCACUUCCCGGAGCAGCACCCACCCCGUCUGUUCCAUUUUCGCGGUCGAGGCAACAGCCACAAUCUGGUUUGCUUGCGCUUUCUGACCUGGUGGACAACAUUUUAAAUGCUUUAAAUAUAAAUGACCCUCUUAAAAGCAUAGUAUUAUGUUUGCUUCCGAUUGUGAGAACAUUUUUGAAAGAAAAAUGUGGUUUUUUAGCAGCGUUCAUUUCCCUCGAUGCCUAAUUCAGUGCAAGAGGUCAAGGAUUUGACCACUGUAAUACAGUGGAAUUGCAGAAGCAUCAUCCCUAAACUAGAUCAAUUUAAAUUUUUAGUUCAUAGUUCUAACUGUGAUGUAUUUUCCCUCUGUGAAACAUGGCUUUCUUCAGCCGACGAGCUGAAUUUCCACGAUUUCAACAUUAUUCGCCUCGAUCGAAAUGACUCGUUUGGUGGCGUACUAUUGGGGAUCAAAAAAUGUCACUCCUUCUAUAGAGUCACUCUCCCAUCGAUGACAGGCAUUGAAGUUGUCGCUUGCCAGACACAAAUCAAUGGCAAAGACUUCUGCAUUGCCACGAUAUAUAUUCCUCCAAGAACCAUGGUCGGCCGCCAUCAGUUUUUUGAUAUCAUCGAGGCAUUGCCGGAGCCGCGGCUAAUCUUAGGUGACCUCAACUCCCAUGGAACAGCAUGGGGGUCACACUACGAUGACAGCCGUGCCACGUUGAUUUAUGAUCUGUGCGACAACUUCAACAUGACAGUUUUAAAUACAGGGGAAGCAACUAGGAUAGCCAACCCUCCUGCACGGGCAAGUAUGCUAGACAUAUCACUUUGCUCUUCUUCGUUAUCCCUGGAUUGCACGUGGAAGGUAAUCCAAGAUCCCCACGGUAGUGAUCACCUGCCAAUAAUUUUAUCGAUCGCCAAUGAAUCAGCACUUGUUUCAAUGCAUGAACUUCCUCCACUCGAAGAGUAUAACUUUAUAUCGAGUUUGAUUUAUGAAAGCGCACUUCAAGCUCAAAAGAAACGUGUUCCUGCUACCACUUUCCGACGUCGUCCUCCAUCACUUUGGUGGGACAAGGAGUGUUCAAAGGUCUACCUUGAAAAAUCAUCCGCUUUCAAAAAAUUCAGGAAAACUGGAUUAGUGGAAUGGUUUCGAAAGUACCAAGCUCUAGAAGCCAAACUAAAAGGUGUGAUUAAAGCAAAAAAGCGAGGAUAUUGGCGGAAAUUCGUCAAUGGUUUGUCAAGGGAGACAGCUAUGAGCACUCUUUGGAAUACGGCUAGGAGAAUGCGUGGCUGGAACCAUACAAAUGAAAGUGAGGAAUACUCUGACCGUUGGAUUUUCAAAUUUGCAAGAAAGGUUUGUCCCGAUUCCGUUCCUGCACAAAACGUCGUACGCGACAUUCCGCUCCAAUGCGAUUAUGAGAAUUUUUCGAUGGUAGAAUUCUCAAUUGCCCUCCUCUCAUGUAACAAUUCAGCUCCGGGGUCGGACAAGAUUAAAUUCAACUUGUUGAAGAAUCUUCCUGACUUGGCGAAACAGCGUUUGCUGAACUUGUUCAACAAGUUUCUGGAGCUGAAUAUUGUCCCGCAUGACUGGAGACAAGUGAGAGUGAUAGCCAUACGAAAACCCAACAA